CCAAUUAAUUCACCACCGAGUAUCUCUGUUUUUUCUUCUGAUUUUCAAAUUUCAACCGCGGCGUCAAACCGACAUGUCGUCCGGUCUUAUCUCUCUCCUCAUACUUCGCCAACACUUCCUCCCCGCCGUUUCUUCCCCUCCGAAAAAUAACCAAAAUCUUCGAACCUCCAUUUUCUCCUCAAACCAAAUCCUCCAUUGUUCUUAUUCUCUCCCUCUCCGAUCUUCCACAAAACUCAUUUCGAUCCAUUCCAAUCGCAUCGCGGAGCCCUAAUUUCCAUCAGAAAUCGAACCCUCGUUUCUUCCGCAUUUCUAAUUAGGUUUCGCCAUGAGCUGCAGAAUCCGCAACAAGACGACGCUCGAUCAUCAAUUUCCGAUCGCCAUCUGCUUCUGCUUCUUCCUUGUCCUCAUUUGCUCCACCAAUUUUUGUUCCGUCCGGGCUCAGGACUACUCUGAGGACUACACUGAGGACUACGACUAUGGAGAUGAUUCCGGCGUCAAUUCCGCCACCGGCGCCAUCUUGGCCGAGCUCGUUAACGAUCGGAUUAAGAAUUUCACCGCCAUCUUCAAGGAUGAUAUCAAUAAGAAUUUCGGUUUCUGCAUUGCCGACGCGAAUGUUGAUUGGGAUGGAGCCUUUAAUUUCACCGGUAAUUCCACCUUCAUUUCAACUUGCGCUAGAAAGAGUAAAGUUAGUAGUGUUUGUUCAGAUCUUCUGACGAGACUAUGCACAGCAGCAGAAGUGAAAUUUUUCCUGGACAGUUACUUCAGCAGCGGGGCGUCGUCAAAGAGAACAAAUUACCUGAAACCAAACAAGAACUGCAAUUUGUCUUCAUGGGUUUCUGGGUGUGAGCCAGGAUGGUCUUGCAGCUCUGGAAAAGGCCAGAAAGUUGAGUUCAAUAAUUCCAAAGUUAUCCCUCAAAGAAUUAAGAGAUGCCUCCCCUGUUGUGAAGGUUUCUUCUGCCCCCAUGGCAUCACUUGCAUGAUUCCUUGUCCAUUGGGUGCUUACUGCCCACGUGCAAAGCUGAACAAAACCACCGGGGUUUGCGAACCUUAUCAUUAUCAGCUGCCACCAGGCAAGGUAAAUCACACCUGUGGAGGAGCAGAUGUAUGGGCAGAUAUUUUGAGUAGCAGUGAGGUAUUCUGCUCAGCAGGAUCAUAUUGUCCUUCUACUGUCCAAAAACUUCCUUGCAGUAGUGGGUAUUAUUGUAGAACAGGUUCAACUUCUCAACAAAAAUGCUUUCGGAUGGCAACAUGUACACCAAAGUCAGCCAAUCAAAAUAUUACUGCAUAUGGUGUCAUGCUAUUUGCUGGACUAAGCUUUCUUCUGAUCAUUAUCUACAACUGCUCCGAUCAAGUUCUCUCAACUCGGGAGAGACGGCAAGCAAAAUCUAGAGAAAAGGCAGUCCAAAGUGUAAGAGAAACAGCACAAGCCCGUGAGAAAUGGAAAUCUGCAAAAGACGUUGCAAAGAAACAUGCAGUUGAGCUACAAGAACAGUUCUCUCGCACAUUCUCUCGCAGAAAAUCCACAAGACAGCCGCCAGAAAUACCCAAAGGUCCUGUCCAACCCAAGCCUGGGACAGAUGCUGCCUUAGGACCUUUGCCAAUGGGAGCAUCAUCUACAACAUCGAAAGGAAAGAAGGGGAAGAGUGACCUCACGAAGAUGAUUCAUGCAAUUGAGGAUGAUCCUGAUAACCAAGAAGGCUUCAACCUAGAAAUAGGGGAUAAAAACAUUAAGAAGCAAGCACCAAAAGGGAAGCAAUUGCACACACAGAGCCAGAUAUUCAAGUAUGCAUAUGGUCAAAUUGAGAAGGAGAAAGCCCUGCAGGAGCAGAACAAGAAUUUGACGUUUUCUGGAGUCAUCUCAAUGGCAAAUGAUAUUGAUAUUGAGAUAAGGAAAAGGCCCACGAUUGAGGUUGCUUUUAAGGAUUUGACUCUCACUUUGAAAGGGAAGAAGAAGCAUUUGAUGAGGUGUGUUACUGGGAAAAUAAUGCCUGGUAGAGUUUCUGCUGUGAUGGGUCCAUCCGGGGCUGGAAAAACAACAUUUCUCUCUGCUUUGGCUGGAAAAGUGACUGGGUGUACCAUGUCUGGUAUGAUUCUUAUCAAUGGAAAAGCGGAGUCAAUUCAUUCAUAUAAGAAAAUUAUUGGAUUUGUGCCACAAGAUGAUAUUGUGCAUGGGAACUUGACGGUGGAGGAGAACCUCUGGUUUAGUGCAAGAUGCAGACUUUCAGCUGAUCUGCUCAAACCAGAGAAGGUGCUUGUAGUUGAAAGAGUGAUUGAAUCUUUAGGGCUACAGCCAGUAAGGGAUUCUCUUGUUGGGACAGUGGAAAAGAGAGGGAUCUCCGGUGGUCAAAGAAAAAGAGUAAAUGUUGGAUUGGAAAUGGUGAUGGAACCUUCUCUUCUGAUUUUGGAUGAGCCAACUUCUGGUCUUGACAGUUCAUCUUCACAGUUACUCCUUAAAGCACUCAGACGUGAGGCGCUUGAAGGAGUCAACAUUUCCAUGGUUGUUCACCAGCCGAGCUACACGUUGUUCAGAAUGUUUGAUGAGUUGAUCCUUCUAGCCAAGGGAGGAUUAACAGUGUACCAUGGGCCAGUAAAGAAAGUGGAAGAGUACUUCGCCAGCCUUGGGAUCACAGUCCCAGAAAGAGUCAACCCACCAGACUAUUUUAUAGACAUUUUGGAAGGCAUGGUGAAGCCAACCACGACCACGGGCAUAACUUACAAGCAACUUCCAGUGAGAUGGAUGCUCCACAAUGGGUACCCUGUCCCCAUGGAUAUGCUGCAGAGUAUCGAGGGCAUGGCGGCUUCGGCAGCAGAAAACUCAAGCCAUGGAGGAGCUGGUGAAAGCUCUGCCGAGUCGCAGUCGUUUGCUGGAGAGUUUUGGCAGGAUGUUAAGCAUACUGUUGGGGUGAAGAGAGACAUUAUCCAGCUCAAUUUUUUGAAGUCUAGUGAUUUGUCUAACCGUAAAACUCCUGGUGUCUCCCAACAAUACAAGUACUUCCUUGGAAGGGUUGGGAAGCAGAGGCUUCGGGAAGCCAGAACACAGGCUGUAGAUUUCUUGAUUUUAUUGCUUGCCGGAAUAUGUUUAGGAACUCUUGCUAAAGUGAGCGAUGAAACAUUUGGCUCACUUGGAUAUACAUACACUGUCAUAGCUGUCUCCCUGCUGUGCAAGAUUGCAGCUUUGAGAUCAUUUGCAUUAGACAAGCUGCAUUACUGGAGGGAGAGUGCCUCUGGAAUGAGCAGCCUGGCCUACUUUCUUGCAAAGGACACAAUUGACCAUUUCAACACAAUCAUAAAGCCUGUUGUUUACCUCUCCAUGUUCUAUUUCUUCAACAAUCCCAGAUCUUCUAUCACAGACAAUUACAUAAUCUUGGUUUGUCUGGUUUAUUGUGUCACUGGAAUUGCCUAUGCAUUGGCCAUCUUCCUCGAACCCGGCCCUGCCCAACUCUGGUCAGUACUUCUUCCAGUUGUUUUGACACUAAUUGCAACUAACAAUGAUAACAACAAAGUUGUAGAAUCCAUAAGUGACCUCUGCUACACAAAGUGGGCUUUGGAAGCUUUUGUGAUAGCCAAUGCUAAAAGGUACGACGGAGUAUGGUUGAUAACACGAUGUGCUUCUCUAUUGAAAGGUCAUUACGAUCUCAAAAACUGGUACAAAUGUUUAGUUUAUCUCCUUAUUACAGGAGUACUUAGCCGUGGAGCUGCUUUCUUUUGUAUGGUAAUUUUCCAAAAGAAGUAAAAUAUUGUAAACUAACAUUAUUUUUUUUGUACAUAGAAAUGGGGACAUGUUUUUAGCUUUUGAAAGA